UCAAGUGUCGUACGCUGCCAGAGUAUCAAUUAUCUUCCCUUUCACUACCGCUACAGCAGCAGCUCUCUCUCUCUCUCUAACUUGCGGUGAUUCCUCAGUCUCGUUGGAAGCUCUAUCCGGUGGUUGGGGGGAAGCGAGCGGCUGCUUCGAUCUUUCUAGAGAAUGGGCUUGUGGACAUUGCUUGAAGGUUUCCUGCUUCUUGCAAAUGCCUUGGCGAUACUGAAUGAGGACCGUUUCCUUGCUCCAAGAGGGUGGAGCUUUUCUGAAGUCUCGGGGGGCAGGACAAAGUCACUCAAGGGGCAGGUGAUCGGGCUCAUCUACGCAACCCAAUACAUGAGGCUCCCACUAAUAGCUUUCAAUGCCAUCACCAUUGUCGUGAAGUUGGUGUCUGGAUGAGGUUUGAACUUCUGCUCGGGUUUGAUGAAUGUUGAUAGGCUUGUAAUAUACGGUUAAGAUCUUGGUUUUGGCGGAUAACUCCUUGUUUUAACUCAGGUUAGGAUAGCUGUGGAUGCACUUCCAUAUGAGCACGUAGUAUGGAGAGGAGGUGUUGUGUGG